CCCUUAUUUCACCGACCAAUCUCCUCAGAGACAGAGAGAUAAUCCCUUAGUGUUCGUCUUUCUCUAGGGUUUUGUUUUGAUUGAACCCGAGAUGAGUGGGCAAGUGCCGCCUUCUUCGGGGUCCAGGAGGAGUGCGAAUCAGAGGAAAGGACUUUCAACCAAGAAAGCUCUACACUCCGAUAAUGGAAACGUUAAUGGCCAUCUCUCCAAACCCACUUCCCCUUCCUCUGUUGGCGUGGAGAGGACAGUGAAGAAGCUGAGGUUGUCCAAAGCCCUCACCAUUCCUGAGGGUACCACAGUGUCUGAUGCUUGUAGGAGGAUGGCUGCUCGUCGUGUUGAUGCUGUAUUGCUGACUGAUGCUAAUGCUUUGCUUUCUGGGAUUGUAACUGACAAGGAUAUUGCUGCGAGAGUAAUCGCAGAUGGAUUGAGACCUGAACAGACAAUUGUGUCAAAGAUCAUGACUCGGAAUCCAAUUUUUGUCACUUCAGACUCCUUGGCCAUUGAUGCCCUUCAGAAAAUGGCUCAGGGUAAAUUCAGACAUCUUCCUGUUGUGGAGAAUGGUGAAGUCAUUGCAUUGCUGGAUAUUACAAAAUGCCUCUAUGAUGCCAUCUCUAGAAUGGAGAAAGCUGCUGAGCAAGGCAGUGCCAUUGCAGCUGCUGUGGAAGGUGUUGAACGCCAGUGGGGGAGCAAUUUUGCUGUUCCAUAUGCUUUCAUAGAGACCUUGAGGGAGCGGAUGUUCAAGCCUUCAUUGUCAACUAUCAUUGCUGAAAAUUCAAAGGUUGCCUUUGUAUCACCAUCAGAUCCUGUCUAUGUUGCUGCAAAGAAGAUGCGAGAGUUGCGAGUGAAUUCAGUUAUUAUCAUGACUGUGAACAAAAUCCAGGGGAUCCUGACUUCAAAAGAUAUCCUAAUGCGAGUUGUGGCACAAAAUCUUUCUCCUGAGUUGACAUUGCUGGAAAAGGUAAUGACGCCAAACCCUGAAUGUGUAACUGUAGAAACAACAAUCCUUGACGCAUUGCAUAUAAUGCAUGAUGGAAAAUUUCUGCAUCUUCCUGUUUUAGACAAAGAUGGAUCUGUUGCUGCUUGUGUAGAUGUUCUGCAGAUAACUCAUGCAGCAAUUUCUAUGGUUGAAAAUAGCUCAGGAGCUGUUAAUGAUAUGGCCAAUUCAAUGAUGCAAAAAUUCUGGGAUUCGGCCCUUGCUUUAGAGCCACCUGAGGAUUAUGACACACAAAGUGAAAUGUCAGUGCUAAUGGCAUCUGAUGGGGCAGAAACUGGAAAGCUGUCGUCAUAUCCAUCUAUUGGCCUCGGAAACUCAUUUAAUUUCAAAUUUGAGGAUCUUAAGGGCCGUAUGCAUCGGAUCAAUUGUGGUGCGGAGAAUUUUGAGGGGCUUGUAUCUGCUGUCAUGCAAAGAAUUGGCACUGGUAAUGAUUGGGACUGCCACCUGCUGUAUGAAGAUGAUGAAGGUGAUAAGGUUUUACUAGCAAGUGAUGGCGAUCUUGUUGGUGCUGUUAACCAUGCUAGAUCACUGGGACUAAAGGUUUUGAGAUUGCAUCUGGACUUUUCUGACUCAAGCCAGCAACAGGUGAGGCUAGAGACAAGGACAAGCGCAGCUAAGAAAACUAGAUGGGUGCCCUUUUGUAUCUUGGCAGGCGCAGUUGUUGUAACAGGCAUGGGAAUGGUGGUCUACUUGAAACGCACCAAGUUGUGAGACGACAUUGUUAAGGUUAAAUUGAUGGUAAGCUGCUCAACUUUCUAGGGCUUUGAAUACGAGCUGCUCAACUUAGGAGAGCAAGAAAUAGCCACCUGGACUCGAUUAAGGGAAGAAAUAAGCUCCUAAACUACUUAGGGGGACAAUAUAUUAACUCUUUUUCUAACUGUUGGAUGGCGCGUGAUCCAUCUUGGGCCAAGUGUGAUAGUUAAAAAUGGGUUAAUUUCAGUUUGGUUUUUAAACAUUUCAAAUUUCAGGAAAAAUAUGUCCUUAAAAUUUAAGAAAUUUAAACAAAUUAU